AUGGGAAAUGAUGGCGGAAGUUUUCAAACAAGAACUGAUCUAGUUAAAGAAAAGCCUAGAGAAGUCAAGAUUGAUAAUAUAGUAUAGGCGAGAUUUAGAGCUAAAUUAUGUACUUUGAGUAAAUAAAGGUUAAAAAAGCCCAUAGUUAUGUGCAGAAUAGGAAAUUUAUAUAAUUUUGAAACAGUAUUAAAAUUUUUAAUGGAAAAGAAAAUUCCUUAAUAAUUAUCACAUAUUAGAAAAAUAAAAGAUGUAAAAGAAGUAAAUUUACAAGAAAAUAUAGAUAAAAAUUCUGAAUAUAAAUUUUUUUGUCCUUUAACUUAAAUUGAUUUUAAUGGAAUGAAUAAAUUUGUAGGAUUAUGGAGUUGUGGGUGUGUUUUUAGUGAAAAAUUACUGGAAAUGGAAACAUUAAAAAAUUAAAAUAAGUUAUGUCCUAUAUGCCCUGUUUGUUCAAAACCUUACAAAGUAGAUGAACUUAUAAAAUUAAUAUCAAGCGAAGAAGAUAAAUAAGAGAAAAAAUUAAAAAUAUUAAAAAAGUAAUAACAAAGGGACACCAAGCAUAAAUAAUAGAUUCAAGAUGCUUAAGAAGUCAAAGAAGUAAUUUAAAAAUAAAUAAAAACAGAUAAAGAUUAAGAUGAUAUUUAAUAAUAAUAAUAAUAAUUUUAUUAACCAUUAGCUCUAACCUAACCAGAAACUAAAGAUACUGAUGUAUACAAAAGUUUAUUCCAUAACGACAAAGAUAUAAAAAAAGAAGAAAACUUGUUCAUAAAAAAUGUAAGAUUCGGAAUAAGAUGA